AGCAGGGGAAGUGGACUGAGUAGAAAGGGUGGCGGGGGCGCGCGUAGCGGGCGCGCGGGCUGCGUGUGUGCUGGGGGGGCGGCCUGCCGAAGCCAAGCGGGCACGCGCGUGAGGCUUUCCCAUUAGCUUGGCAGCGGCGGCGACGGCUUCUUUGUUUCCUGAGGAGAAGCGAGACGCCCACUCUUGUCCCCGACCCCUCGUGGAGGGUUGGGGGCGGCGCCAGGAAGGUUACGGCGCCGGUACCUCCAGGAGACCACUGCCUGUAGCUCCUGUAAAGAUGUCUACUCCAGACCCACCCCUGGGUGGAACUCCUCGGCCUGGCCCUUCCCCAGGCCCUGGUCCUUCACCUGGUGCAAUGCUGGGUCCUAGCCCUGGCCCUUCACCAGGUUCUGCCCACAGCAUGAUGGGGCCAAGCCCAGGACCUCCUUCAGCAGGACAUCCCAUGCCCACCCAGGGGCCUGGAGGCUACCCCCAGGACAACAUGCAUCAGAUGCACAAGCCUAUGGAGUCCAUGCACGAGAAGGGCAUGCCUGAGGACCCACGGUACAACCAGAUGAAAGGAAUGGGCAUGCGCUCAGGGGCGCACACGGGCAUGGGGCCUCCGCCCAGUCCGAUGGACCAGCAUUCUCAAGGUUACCCCUCACCUCUAGGCGGCUCUGAACAUGCCUCCAGUCCUGUCCCGGCCAGCGGCCCAUCUUCAGGCCCCCAGAUGUCCUCUGGGCCAGGAGGGGCUCCACUAGAUGGUUCUGACCCCCAGGCCUUGGGGCAGCAAAACAGAGGCCCAACCCCAUUUAACCAGAACCAGCUGCAUCAACUCAGAGCUCAGAUAAUGGCCUACAAGAUGUUGGCCAGGGGCCAGCCAUUGCCUGACCACCUGCAGAUGGCCGUGCAAGGCAAGCGGCCGAUGCCCGGAAUGCAGCAGCAGAUGCCAACACUACCUCCACCCUCAGUAUCCGCCACAGGACCCGGCCCCGGCCCUGGCCCUGGACCCGGCCCAGGUCCAGGACCAGCCCCUCCAAAUUACAGUAGACCCCAUGGUAUGGGAGGGCCCAACAUGCCUCCCCCAGGACCCUCAGGUGUGCCCCCCGGGAUGCCUGGUCAGCCGCCUGGAGGGCCUCCCAAGCCAUGGCCUGAAGGACCCAUGGCCAAUGCUGCUGCCCCCACAAGUACCCCACAGAAGCUGAUUCCCCCACAACCGACAGGCCGCCCGUCACCUGCACCUCCUGCUGUCCCGCCUGCUGCCUCUCCUGUAAUGCCACCACAAACACAGUCCCCAGGGCAGCCAGCCCAGCCUGCUCCAUUGGUGCCACUGCACCAGAAGCAGAGCCGCAUUACCCCCAUCCAGAAGCCCCGGGGCCUGGACCCUGUGGAGAUCCUGCAGGAGCGGGAGUACAGGCUGCAGGCUCGAAUUGCACACAGAAUUCAGGAACUUGAAAACCUCCCUGGGUCCCUGGCUGGGGAUCUUCGAACCAAAGCAACCAUCGAACUCAAGGCCCUUAGGUUGCUGAACUUCCAGAGGCAGCUGCGCCAGGAGGUGGUAGUGUGCAUGCGAAGAGACACGGCCCUAGAGACAGCCCUCAAUGCCAAGGCCUACAAGCGAAGCAAGCGCCAGUCACUGCGGGAGGCCCGCAUCACUGAGAAGCUGGAGAAGCAGCAGAAGAUUGAACAGGAGCGCAAGCGCCGCCAGAAGCACCAGGAGUACCUCAACAGCAUUCUGCAGCAUGCCAAGGACUUCAGGGAGUAUCACAGAUCAGUCACAGGCAAACUCCAGAAACUCACCAAGGCUGUCGCCACCUACCAUGCCAACACUGAGCGGGAGCAGAAGAAAGAAAAUGAGCGCAUUGAGAAGGAGCGGAUGCGUAGGCUCAUGGCUGAAGAUGAGGAGGGCUACCGCAAGCUCAUUGACCAGAAGAAGGACAAGCGCCUGGCCUACCUCCUGCAGCAGACAGAUGAGUACGUGGCCAACCUCACAGAGCUGGUGCGGCAGCACAAAGCUGCCCAGGUUGCCAAGGAGAAGAAGAAGAAAAAGAAAAAGAAGAAGGCAGAAAAUGCUGAAGGACAGACCCCUGCCAUUGGACCAGAUGGUGAGCCUCUAGAUGAGACCAGCCAGAUGAGUGACCUCCCUGUGAAGGUGAUCCACGUGGAGAGCGGCAAGAUCCUCACCGGCACAGACGCCCCAAAGGCCGGGCAGCUGGAGGCCUGGCUCGAGAUGAACCCAGGGUAUGAAGUCGCUCCCAGGUCCGACAGUGAAGAGAGUGGUUCCGAAGAGGAGGAGGAGGAGGAGGAAGAGGAGCAGCCUCAGCCUGCACAGCCCCCUACACUGCCUGUGGAAGAAAAGAAGAAGAUUCCAGACCCAGACAGCGAUGAUGUCUCUGAGGUGGACGCUCGACACAUUAUUGAGAACGCCAAGCAAGAUGUGGACGAUGAGUACGGCGUGUCCCAGGCCCUAGCUCGUGGCCUGCAGUCCUACUAUGCCGUGGCCCAUGCAGUCACAGAGAGAGUAGAUAAGCAGUCGGCCCUCAUGGUCAAUGGUGUCCUCAAACAGUACCAGAUCAAGGGUUUAGAGUGGCUGGUGUCCCUGUAUAACAACAACCUGAAUGGCAUCCUGGCUGACGAGAUGGGGCUGGGGAAGACCAUCCAGACCAUCGCGCUCAUCACAUACCUCAUGGAGCACAAGCGCAUCAACGGGCCCUUCCUCAUCAUCGUGCCUCUCUCGACGCUGUCAAACUGGGCAUAUGAAUUUGACAAGUGGGCCCCCUCUGUGGUGAAGGUUUCCUACAAGGGCUCUCCAGCGGCAAGACGAGCUUUCGUGCCUCAGCUUCGCAGCGGAAAGUUCAAUGUCUUACUGACCACCUAUGAAUAUAUCAUCAAGGACAAGCAUAUCCUGGCCAAGAUCCGCUGGAAGUACAUGAUCGUGGAUGAAGGCCACCGCAUGAAAAACCACCACUGCAAGUUGACACAGGUCCUUAACACACACUACGUGGCCCCUCGGCGUCUGCUUCUCACAGGCACACCACUGCAGAACAAGCUACCUGAGCUCUGGGCACUGCUGAACUUCCUGCUUCCUACUAUCUUCAAGAGCUGCAGCACCUUCGAGCAGUGGUUCAAUGCACCCUUCGCCAUGACUGGAGAGAAGGUGGACCUGAAUGAGGAGGAGACCAUCCUCAUUAUUCGUCGCCUCCACAAGGUGCUGCGGCCCUUCCUGCUGCGGCGGCUCAAGAAGGAAGUUGAAGCCCAGCUCCCUGAGAAGGUAGAGUAUGUCAUCAAAUGUGACAUGUCAGCCCUGCAGCGUGUGCUCUACCGUCACAUGCAGGCCAAAGGUGUGCUGCUGACUGAUGGCUCCGAGAAGGACAAGAAGGGCAAAGGUGGCACCAAGACACUGAUGAACACUAUCAUGCAGCUGCGCAAGAUCUGCAACCACCCCUACAUGUUCCAGCACAUCGAGGAAUCCUUUUCUGAGCACUUGGGGUUCACCGGCGGCAUCGUGCAAGGACUGGACCUGUACCGUGCCUCAGGGAAAUUUGAACUUCUUGAUAGAAUUCUGCCCAAACUCCGUGCAACGAACCAUAAAGUGCUACUCUUCUGCCAAAUGACCUCCCUCAUGACCAUCAUGGAAGACUACUUUGCAUACCGUGGCUUCAAAUACCUCAGGCUUGAUGGAACCACAAAAGCAGAAGACCGGGGCAUGCUGUUGAAAACCUUUAAUGAGCCUGGCUCUGAGUAUUUCAUUUUCCUGCUCAGUACCCGUGCUGGGGGGCUGGGCCUGAAUCUGCAGUCAGCUGACACUGUGAUCAUCUUUGACAGUGACUGGAAUCCCCACCAGGACCUGCAAGCACAGGAUCGUGCCCAUCGCAUUGGGCAGCAGAAUGAGGUGCGUGUGCUUCGCCUGUGCACUGUCAACAGUGUGGAAGAGAAGAUCCUGGCUGCUGCCAAGUACAAACUCAAUGUGGAUCAGAAGGUGAUCCAGGCAGGCAUGUUCGACCAGAAGUCGUCCAGCCACGAGAGGCGUGCCUUCCUGCAGGCCAUCUUGGAGCACGAGGAGCAGGAUGAGGAGGAAGAUGAGGUGCCUGAUGAUGAGACCGUCAACCAGAUGAUUGCCCGGCACGAGGAAGAGUUUGACCUCUUCAUGCGCAUGGACUUGGAUCGCCGGCGUGAAGAAGCCCGCAACCCCAAGCGGAAGCCACGCCUGAUGGAAGAGGAUGAGCUCCCAUCCUGGAUCAUCAAGGACGAUGCAGAGGUGGAGCGGCUGACAUGUGAGGAGGAAGAGGAGAAGAUGUUCGGCCGUGGUUCUCGGCACCGCAAGGAGGUAGACUACAGCGACUCACUGACAGAGAAGCAGUGGCUCAAGGCUAUCGAGGAGGGCACGCUGGAGGAGAUCGAAGAGGAGGUCCGGCAGAAGAAAUCUUCCCGUAAGCGUAAGCGAGACAGCGAGGCCGGCUCCUCCACCCCGACCACCAGCACCCGCAGCCGUGACAAGGAUGAGGAGAGCAAGAAGCAGAAAAAACGAGGGCGGCCACCUGCUGAGAAACUGUCCCCAAACCCACCUAACCUCACCAAGAAGAUGAAGAAGAUCGUGGAUGCUGUGAUCAAGUACAAAGACAGCAGUAGUGGACGUCAGCUCAGCGAGGUGUUCAUCCAGCUCCCCUCUCGCAAGGAACUUCCCGAGUACUAUGAGCUCAUCCGGAAACCUGUGGACUUCAAGAAGAUCAAGGAGCGCAUCCGGAACCACAAGUACCGCAGCCUCAAUGACCUGGAGAAGGAUGUCAUGCUGCUAUGCCAGAAUGCGCAGACCUUCAACCUCGAGGGCUCCCUGAUCUAUGAGGACUCCAUCGUCCUGCAGUCUGUCUUCACCAGCGUGCGGCAGAAAAUUGAGAAGGAGGACGACACUGAAGGCGAGGAAAGCGAGGAGGAGGAGGAGGGCGAGGAGGAAGGCUCCGAGUCUGAGUCCCGCUCCGUCAAGGUGAAGAUCAAGCUGGGCCGCAAGGAGAAGGCCCAGGACCGACUCAAGGGGGGCCGGCGGCGGCCGAGCCGGGGCUCCCGGGCCAAGCCGGUAGUGAGUGACGAUGACAGUGAGGAGGAGCAAGAGGAGGACCGCUCAGGAAGUGGCAGCGAGGAAGACUGAAGCAGACAUUCCUGAGCCUGACCCCCAGGCGCUCUUCCCAGCCGAGGUGGAGUAGCCCUUAGCAGUGAUGGGUAGCAGCAGAUGUAGUUUCGAACUUGGAGAACUGUACACAUGCAAUCUUCCACAUUUUUAGGCAGAGAAGUAUAGGCCUGUCUGUCGGCCCUGGCCUGGCCUCGAGUCUCUACCAGCAUUAACUGUCUGGAGAGGGGACCUCCUGGGGGCAACACCCACCUCCCCAGGCCCCAGUCACUGUAGCUCAGCGUGGAUGCAUGCGCCUGCCGUCCGUCCACUCCUUGUACUGUAUCUUACUGGACAGGGCCGACUCUCCAGAGGCUCACAGGCCCCGCGGGUAUGUCAGUGUCACUGGAGUCAGACAGUAAUAAAUUAAACCAAUGACAAACCA